UUGUGAUGAUGGCACUGUUUGUGUUAUUAAUUCUUCUUAUGAACAACACAGGGCUCUGUGCUGAGAUCUCUGUGUUUGUGAAGACGGGAGCUCUUGUUCAGCUGGAUGUACAGACACAAGAACCAGAGUUUACUAUUUUAUUCUGGAGUAAUGAAAAAUCACAGAAUAUAAUUACAUAUUUAAAAGAAACUAAAAGUGUAACACCUAAUGAUAUCUACAAGGACAGAGUGGUUUUCAAUAAAACAAGCUUUUCUCUGACACUGAAGAACAUGCAGAAGAAGGACAGUGGACUCUACAGAGCAAGAACCAGUGGACAAUCAGAAAAUAUUCUUGUUAUAUACAGAGUGUCUGUUUUAGAUGAAGUUGAAGAUCCGGUCCUGACCGUAAACUCAAGCUGGUCCAGUCCUCAGCCCUGUAGCUUUACAUGUAACGGAAGUAACAGUUUUUUCAGCUCCGUCUUUAAUGCUAACAGCUGUUCCCCAGAGGAAGUGACAUCAGCUGAUAAUCACACCCUAAAACUGAGCUGCAGCGAGGACUCCAUCACGUGUAACUAUAGCAACCUCGUGAGCUCCAAGACUGUAGUAAAGAAGGUUUAUGAACUCUGCGCUCCUAAGCAAGGAAAAUAUGAAGAAGCAUCAGCAUUUACACACUGGAGCAUUGCUUCUGUUUGUCUACCCAUACUGGCAUUGGUGGCAGUGAUCAGCUUUAUUUUUUUUUAUUAUAUUUACAAAAGAAAGAAAGGCGCCCAGGGGCCUGAACAAACAGUUUAUGCACACCCUUUUGACGAGAACGUCAAGCCACAAAAUCCACUGGAGAUGUUGGAGAAAUCAGAGAAACCUUCUACAGUGUAUGAUACUGUGAGAGAUGCUGGACAGACUGACGAUACCAACCACAUCACAGCCAACGAUGACCCUAUGAAUCAGGUGAAGAUUAAAUAAUGACUCCAAUCUCACUUAGCAACAAUUUAUUGAAAAUUAAAUGACUGUUAAUAUGGAUUAAAUAUCUUAAUUUGGAAUAAAAGUGAAUGACAUUCAUAUGAUAAACCAGUUUGCAGCCUGUAGUUUGAAUUAUUUGUUGGAAAUAGUUUUAAAUGAAAUGAAUUUUUCAGAGUGCAUCACUCCCAGAUGAGAAGGGACCACAUUCAUCUAUCACUGUCUACUCUACCAUUCAAAAGCAUUCAACCCCUCCCCAAACUCAAACUGAUCUCACCAU